GUCGGUUUCGCCCAGAGGGGAGGGGAGAGGGAGGGGAGGCUCACGCCAGAAGAUACCGCGCCGCGCCGCGUGCGUCGUCGGAUGGUUGCCUAGCUGCCCCGCCGCGCCGCGCCGCGAUCCACCGCCGGCCGCCGGCGGAGCGCGCGCCUACUUCCGGUGCUAUUUAAGGAGGAGGAGGCCGUUGGCGAUUCGUGUCGCGUAGGAGGGGAGGGCGGGGGGGAGGCGACAGGGUAGGCGGCGUCUUUAGAGACUCUGGGGAGCUGCCAUUAACGCUGGCCUGGCCGCCUCCGCAUGCGGACAAGCGCGGCCACGUCGUCGCCACGGGAUGGCGGCUCCGGGGCUCUGACCCCCGCCCAGGGCGACAUGGGGAGCGGCGGCGCCAGGCGGCAUUUCUUCCCGCUCACCAGCUUGCAAAUCGGGGAUUUACAGUCAUAUCUUGCAGAGCUCACUAUAUUUUUGUGCCCCGAUACCAAGAAGUUCCUUAUAUUCCUUGACAACCGUCCAUGGUUGCUAGAUCAGAAUACAAAACCUGCUCACCUGUGGCAAUUGAUGGUUACCAAGUCAAGAUUUUCUCCUUUCGCGAACACUAGAACUAGGAGAAAGAGAGAUGAAGGUGGACAUAAGCUUGUAUUUUCAGAAUUCCCAACAUCUGCUCCACGUGUGUGGAAUCAAUCAUCCAGAUGGUAUACUCUGAUUGAUGAUACCAUGCGGAAAAAGAAGCUUCAAGUAAAUAAAUUGAAGGAUUCUCGCCUGCUGAAUAGGGAGCUGCAUCGGACAUUAUAUGGUUUUAUUAUUUUUGAGGUAGACUGGGCUGAUGUGCGUGGCAUUAAUUAUUUGAAUGAGCUUCAGACUGAUACAUCAAUGGUGGUCGAAGCUAAAAUAAUGAAGAGAUGGGAAUUCGAUAGUGUCAAUCAAGCUUCAUCUUUAAUCACUUCUUGGUUCUCAGGGAAUUACUCAGAGUGUCAGCUCUUACAAGAUUAUUUAAAUAGCAUCUCUCCUAAAGGUGAUGUUUUUUAUGAUGCCCUAGAUGACUUAACACCUGAAUUAUGGGACACUGAGAGUGUAAAGAGCGACGGUGAUGAUUCUGGAGAUUGUGUUAGGGUGUCGUCAAGUUCCACAAGCUCAUCAUACACCCCACCACCUUGCUCUGGACCUUACAAGAGAAGAAGGAUAACAAGAUCUGAUGCUGGAAGUGAUAUGUCUGAGGAACCAUACUCAGAAUUUGUGACCUCACCAAGAUAUUCAUCAUAUUCAUCUUCAUCAUGUUACAGUGAUAAUGACAGUGGCAAGCCACUGGUGGAGCCUAACACAUACAAGGAUGUGCUGAUCUUGUUCCGAUUCAACGAUCAUGAUCUGCCGUUCAGACUAAAGGAAGUUAUACUGUCUGAUGUGAGGCUCUUAACAUUACUUGAGUAUGGUCUUCCUUCAUGGGUCAUUUUUCUUCAGUCAUAUCCAGUGUUCUGCAAGAUAUAUCGCCCAUGGAUGUGUCCUCUAGUCAGAGCACUAUACGUCUUGAUGUCAUUGAUUACUGUUCUUAUAGGAUUUUAUGACCUCUACAAGAAUGUACCAAUGUUGAAGGCAACUGCCUCUAGAUUAUUUGGCCCUUUGUUUGAUUGGAUAGAGACAUGGGAAAUGAUCUCAAGGCUUAAGUAUCUCGGAACCAUGCUUUUUCUGAACAAUUUCCAACAGGCUUUUACAUGGUCUCUUAAGAUUGUACGUGCUACUAAGUCUGUUCUUAGUGUAUUGACAAAGCCAAUUAUGGGGCCACUGUUGGAGGUUCUUGAAUUUACCCUGCCACUAUGGAACCUUUGUGCUGAAACAGUUGAAUAUCUCAGUUCAGCUGCAAUGGUAGCGAUGGAAACAUCAUUCAGUGCGGUUAUCAGUACAGUGCAGAUGAUCAUGUGGCCAUUUUGGUUUAUCUUCAGUACGAUGUUUAAUAUAGCCAAUUCAAUCUUGUACCCUGUAAUUUGGUUCGUCGGAGAGAUACUAGCUGCACCUUUCCGACUUGUCGUUGCGCUAGCAAGUUUUGUAGCAGACUUCUUUGAUGAUAUUGUUGAUGUUUUAAGGCAGACCUGGUCAACAUUAAGUUCGUUAUAUCAAGUUGGUUCUGCAUCCAGAGCACCUGCGCUUACAUCUGAAACUUCCAUUUGGGGAUCACUCUGGAAAGAUCUUCUGUACCAGAUUUUCCGUGCAGUCCGGAGCAUUUUGUACGGUUUUGUUGCCUUCUUUUCAACAUGCAAUAGGCAUCGGCUCAGCAUAUACAACCACAUAGAAGUUCUUCUCCGGCGCCUGUCCCGCGCCUUAAAUGGCACGCGACAUACCUCCUCUUGUGAAGGAGCUCAGAAGUAUACUAGUCAAGAUCAUCCUCAAAGGAAAACCAAGACGAGAUGAUUGUGGAGUUACCGGAUUGACAUACCAAGUAAUUAGCUAAUUCAGAGAAACUUUAAAAGGUUGAGACGAGAUAACAGUGGACCUCCACAAGGAAUCAUGUGUACAGGUCUCAUACAGCUUCUAAUGUUUCAUCAAUGAACCCUAAUCGUAAUCGGUGUAUCCCCUCUGUACAGAUAGAGGCAGAGGGCAACAACCAGCGAAGCAAAAGCGGUACAACUGUAAAUGUACAUUAGUCGGAAUCUGUUGUUUGUUUGUCCAUUGUAGUGUAAUGUCAUGUAAUAUAUAUUAGUAGGUUGUACAGUAGAGUAGGUUUGUGCAUAUGCUUCGGCUACUGAACAAGAAUUUUCUAAGUAUAUGAGAGAGUUCGUUACCUUUUUUCA